AUGCACGCCUCUUCCGUCGCCGCUGCCCCUAUCGACCCGCCACGCGUCCGGACCACCCUCGGACCGAGGCCCCCCGAGCCGACGUCCCCGCCACCUCCGUACGAAGCCUACGAAGCAUACCCAGCAUUCACCACAGUUUCGCCGGGGAUCAGUACGCGCACCAACUCGUUUCCAAGACCUCCGGACGGUCUUGGAGAUAGCUCCCGGUCUCGUGCCCGGAGGCCGGCACAGAGCCUCUCGAUUCCGCAUCUCCGCGAAGCUAUACACACCCUCGAGUCGAAGAUGGCGUCACUGCUGAACGAACGGGAUCUCCUCGAGUCUAGGCUAGAACAGGCGGUGCGCAUGCAGUCACCCGUCCAGCGGCUGCCGGACGAGCUCCUCUCAUCCAUUUUCGAGAUCGGCGUACUCGAUGGAGACGAGGAGGAUCCCAUCACCCUAGCCAACCUGAUGAUCGUCUGCCGGCAGUGGAGAGACGUCGCGGUGGACACGCCUGCUUUAUGGUCGCGGAUCUGGAUGGGCACACGCCAUUCGUUCGAAAGGGCGCGAGUCAAGCUGGAGCGUUCGAAGACAGUGCCCCUCUACAUAGGUGUCGACUUCAGCCCGCGCGUGGAGUAUGGCAGUGUAUCUACCGAAAGCCUCAUGCUGGCCAUGGACCUCCUACGUCCAGCUAUCUGGCGCUGGAGAACAUUCCACUUGACCGUUCCCAAUAGGCCACAGGCGCAUGCCGCGUUAACGCGCUGCAGGGAACGCGCACCUCUUCUUGAGGUGAUGGCGGUGCGUAUCGGCCAUUCAAUGCAGGAGGAUCAAUUCUUCAGAGCGCCACUACCGCUCUUCGAUAGCCACACGCCACGCCUGCGCUCCUGCUCCUUCACGUCGUUCAACUUCAAUUGGGACACUGCCCUUGUCACCCAGCUACGUGUGCUCAAGUUGGGAGGGUAUUGGAACGCGCAGUCUCCGUCGGUCGACGUCAUUCUGAGGAUCCUACGCGCGUGUCCUCUGCUUGAGGAACUUGCGCUUCGCAAUAUGUCCGACGUCGAAGCGGAUUCGUGUUCUAUGGCAGACUUCGACCCACCGGAGCAAGAUAGCUUCGGCGAGCGAUUAGUGCAUGUGGCAGACGCAAGGCCAGUGCAGCUACCGCGUCUGGUGGAGGCUUCCUUCUACUAUUGUGGCAACGUUCGCACCAGGACCCUCCUCAGCUUGCUGUCGUUCCCUGCACUGGAGCGCAUCGAGCUAUGUUUCCUGGACAACGUUUCUCCGUUGUUGGAACACUUACGGCGGCAGUCGCUAACGCGGUUACCAUUGCGACAUGUCCGCAUCGAGUCCAGUUACUUCAACGAGAUGAAGCUUGUCAGGCUGCUGAAGCGGCUUCCCGCGCUUACCAGUCUCGAGUUCGUGGAUGCAGAUGACGUCUCAUCAAAUCUUCUCAAGAUCUUUGCCACGCCGGCGGCAACUCAAACAUGGGUCUGCCCCAAGUUGACUAGCCUGUGGCUGGAAGGGUGCACAUCGGUCGACUGGGAGGCUCUGCGAGCAGUUGUCGAGUCUCGCCUUCCCGCGCAAUCUCGCGCGCUCCCACCGCCGAAACUAUCGCGAGGUAGUUCGACGUCAAACAGCGCGCAACCACCUAGAACCUCGUCUUCUGCAUCUGCCUUCGCCACUCAGGCUCAGAUUCUGUCCCGAGUCCCCGCUGCUUCUUCGUCAUCCGGAUAUGCCUCCUUGAUAGGCCCCCGCCGUCUGGAAUCCCUUAAUCUGUCUCGCUGUCAUCAAAUCAGCAGGGAGAUGGUCCAGUGGCUUCGCAUGUACGUGGUCGAUGUCAGGUGCGAACCUACGAAGGGUGUAUGGGGAGAGCCGCUUCUGGCGUAA